GCUUGCAGGGUCCCUCCUGAGGGUCGGCGCGUCGCCAGUCGCUUUCUGUGGCUGGGGCCGCUGGUCGCUCCCUUUUGCUCUGGCAGCCUGGCCGGCUAUUCGCGGGCAGGGACCGCGGCGGAGCCUGGCGUGGGGCGGGGGCUCCGGCGAGUCCUAGGCCCCGCCCCUCCCCGCCCCGCCCCGCUGGGGCUUGAGGGGAAAGGCCGCCGCGGGGACAUGUCGUGCUCCCUCCAGGGAGGGCAGGAGACGGGGAAAGGCUGCGGGGUGGCCGGAGAGCGAAAUGUCAUCAGUGGAAUCACACCAGGAACAAUUGUCCCAGUCAGAUCCAUCCCCAUCACCAAACUCAUGUAGUUCCUUUGAGCUAGUAGACAUGGAUACUAGCAGUUUGUACGAACCAGUUUCUCCUCAUUGGUUUUAUUGUAAGAUAAUAGAUUUAAAAGAGACCUGGAUUCCUUUCAACUCUGAAGAUUCACAGCAGCUAGAAGAGGCAUAUGACUCUGGAAAAGAUUGUAAUGGGAGAGUUGUCCCUACUGAUGGGGGCAGAUAUGAUGUUCAUUUAGCGGAGAGGAUGCGAUAUGCUGUGUACUGGGACGAGCUAGCAUCAGAAGUGAGACGAUGUACCUGGUUUUAUAAGGGCGACAAAGAUAAUAAAUAUGUUCCCUACUCGGAGAGCUUCAGCCAAGUAUUAGAGGAAACUUACAUGCUUGCUGUAACUCUGGAUGAAUGGAAAAAGAAACUGGAGUCUCCUAACAGAGAAAUUAUUAUAUUACACAAUCCAAAGCUUAUGGUACAUUACCAGCCAAUUGCAAGCUCUGAUGAAUGGGGUUCAACACCCACUGAGCAGGGGCGACCAAGAACAGUCAAGAGAGGGGUUGAGAACAUCUCUGUUGAUAUUCAUGGUGGGGAACCUUUGCAAAUAGAUCAUUUGGUAUUUGUAGUCCAUGGGAUUGGACCAGCUUGUGAUCUUCGUUUUCGAAGCAUUGUACAGUGUGUUAAUGAUUUUCGCAGUGUUUCCUUGAACCUGUUGCAGACACAUUUUAAGAAAGCACAAGAGAACCAGCAGAUUGGGAGGGUAGAAUUUCUUCCAGUCAACUGGCACAGUCCAUUGCAUUCUACUGGUGUGGAUGUAGAUCUGCAGCGAAUAACCCUGCCCAGCAUUAACCGCCUAAGACACUUCACCAAUGACACAAUUCUGGAUGUAUUUUUCUACAAUAGCCCCACCUACUGUCAGACCAUUGUGGACACAGUUGCUUCAGAAAUGAACCGGAUAUAUACACUUUUUCUGCAGAGGAAUCCUGAUUUCAAAGGGGGUGUAUCUAUUGCUGGUCAUAGUUUAGGUUCGCUUAUAUUGUUUGAUAUCCUAACAAAUCAGAAAGCUUCUUCAGGAAAUAUUGACAAUGAAAAGGGUUCACCAAGUAUCAUUAUGGAUCAAGGAGACACAGCAACACUUGAAGAAGAUUUGAAGCAACUUCAGCUCUCUGAAUUUUUUAGUACCUUUGAAAAGGAGAAAGUAGAUAAGGAAGCUCUGGCUUUAUGUUCAGAUAAAGAUCUCCAGGAAAUGGGAAUUCCCUUAGGACCAAGAAAGAAGAUAUUAAAUUAUUUUGGGACCAGAAAAAAUGCAACGAGUAUCAAAAGACCAACUUCACACUCAGCUUCAGGGACAAAUAUGCCUGGUGCCCCCAAAGAGUCAGAGUUUUGCAGCGGAGAUGACAUUGGAAAUGGUGUCUAUCUGGACGUUGGCAUUGGGCAGGUGUCUGUAAAAUACCCCCGGCUUAUUUAUAAACCAGAAAUCUUUUUUGCUUUUGGAUCUCCCAUUGGAAUGUUCCUUACUGUCCGAGGACUAAAAAGAAUUGAUCCUGCCUACAAAUUUCCAACAUGCAAAGGUUUCUUCAAUAUUUACCACCCUUUUGAUCCUGUGGCUUAUAGGAUUGAGCCCAUGAUUGUCCCAGAAGUAGAAUUUGAGCCAAUGCUGAUUCCACAUCAUAAAGGCAGGAAGCGGAUGCACUUAGAACUGAGAGAGGGCUUAACCAGGAUGAGCAUGGACCUUAAGAACAAUUUGCUAGGUUCCCUGCGGAUGGCCUGGAAGUCUUUCACCAGAGCACAAUAUCCUGCCUUACAAGCUUCAGAAAGUGCUGAAGAAACGGAAGUCGAAGCUGAAUCAACUUCAGAGAAGCCUAAUGAUGGUAACACAGAAGAGAUCUCUGUGGCAGUCAAAGAAGAAAUCCCCUCCAUCAAUGUGGGGAUGCUGAACGGGGGUCAGCGCAUUGACUAUGUGCUACAGGAGAAGCCCAUUGAAAGUUUCAAUGAAUAUUUAUUUGCUUUACAAAGCCAUCUGUGCUAUUGGGAGUCUGAAGAUACAGUACUGUUAGUCCUCAAAGAAAUCUACCAGACCCAGGGUAUCUUCCUUGAUCAACCUUUACAGUAAAAAUGAACCGCCAGAAUCAUCUCUGACUGAAUAAUACGGACAUUGAGGGAUCUUCCCCAGAAAACCCACCUGUUUGUUGCUGCAGUCUUGCUCACCUCAGCUGCAUCAUUUCCUGCAUGUUGUCUGCCACUUACUCACCACUGGGGUCUUUGGAAGAUGCUCUUCCUUUGGAAGUGAGUGGAAAAGCAGAGGGAGGGCCCUAUUUCUACCACUUAAAAAAAGCCCACAGGAAUCCUUGCCAGCCUUUAUAGCUGUGGAUGGUUUGCAUCUUUCUCUUUGAUGAUAGUACCACCCUUUACUGGUAUAAAGGUCUGUCUUGAAUUUGUUUUACAUUGGUAGAAAUGACUGCUUUAAACAGUGUUCUAGUUCAGAAACAGAUUCUUGAGUUUCAGAAGGCAUUCUGCAGUGUACUUAGCGCUCACUCAUGUUCUCUUCAUUUGAGAGCCAAAUCUAGGUGGGUAUGAAAGACUUUUAAGCAGUCAGAGUUGGUAAGCCAUCUUUUCUUCCCUCCAAGUACUGUAUGAAGAAAGACUGAAAUGUCACAGAGAUGGUUGUUGACUGUCGCUGUAGCUGAGUUACUGCUAGGAAUCACUGAUGCUGCUCACUGUUACUAUUUUUUAAUUGGUGUAUGAUGCUCGAAGAGUCAAAAGUUGGCAGUCUAGUUCACAUUAGAUACACCCCUGUAACCCAGAGAUAUAGAUCGUAGACCUGCCCUUUUAAAUAUACUUCAGUUUGGGAGACUACAUGAUGUCUUACUUAGUUAUUUGGUAGUAGCUUCUGUUCUUAAGGGUGAAGUUAUAAAAACUGACAAAACUGUAGCCACACAAUCUUGACCGAUUGCUUAGGUACAUCCAGAUGAAGGUGGUAACCUGUGCCCUCUUUAAAAACAUUUUGUAAACAUCCUUGUCUCUUUCUUUUUCUUUUCCUUUUUCAUUGCUACCAGGGUUAUUCCUGGGACUCAGUGCCUGCAUGAUGAGUCCAUCACUGCUAGCAGCCUUUUUUUUUUCUUUUUCUAUUUUAUUUGAUUAGUCAGAAAGAAAUUGAGAGGGGAGAGGGUAGUAGAGAAGGAGUAACACCUGCAGCACUGCCUCACCACUUGUGAAGUGUCCCUCCUGUAGGCGGGGCUUGAACUCAGGUCCUCGUGCAGUAAUGUGUGUGUUCAACUGGCUGCCUACACCAUUGCUCUCUUAGGCACCCCUCCCCCACAGUGCUUACUUAAAAGGCACAUAGUACAGAGAUUAUUGGUUGACCAGGUAGGUUUGGCUAAGGGGAACAUUAUUCUUUUCUGAAGGACCUAUACCUAACAGGUCCAAGGAACAGCUAUUACAGUAACAAAACAAGAAAAGUGAGAUGUACCUUGAAGAAAGUGGAUAUAGACGUUUUUCCCCCCUGCUAGGCAUCUACUCAGCUGUCGGUAUUUUCUCUCUCUCUCGUUGGUCAGAGUUCUCUGACUGGGAGUCAGUCCUUUACACUCCUCUCAGACGACCACUGACCUUUGUUGAUAAGAGUAGCACAGGCAGGCAGACUGUGUUUAUUUUUCGUUUUUUAAAAUGUAUCAUGGUAUUCAAAGUGCUUGCAUUUCACACUUACUUCAGCCAUUCCUUAGAGAGCAGUGGUCUUUUGUCCCUUUGUGAAGGAAUGGGAAGGUUAAUUACUGUCACCCUAAGAGAUGGCAGAGUUAAGUUGGAGUAUAGAUCGGAGGCUGGCCUUUUCUUGUUCAUCUUGGAUAGUCUAAGAAGUUCCAGAUAUAUGGGAUACUUUAUUAAACUCUUGAGUUUGAAGUAAGAGUUACUAAGAAUGAAGUUGCAUUAAGUAUAUUCAAGGGGAAUAUUUUGUCCAGCUAAAAUUUAUUCUUUAUGUCAGAAUAGGUACUAUACAAGAAUAAACCAAAGGACAAUCUAGAGUGAGUCCUUGAAACCAAAGAUGAAUAGCAUAACACUGGAGAAACCACUUUUUUUUUUUUUUUUUAAACCAGAACACUGCUCAGCUGUAGUUUAUGGUGGUGUGGGGGAUUGAACCAAGGACUUCAGAGCCUCAUGCAUGAUCGUGUUUGUAUAACCAUUAUGCUGUCUACCCCCACCCCACCCGAUAAACCACAUUUGUACGAAGGACCAUUUCUUUCCUAGUGGUGAGAGGCAGGCAAUUAUCAAAGAGCUUUGUCUUGCCGAUCCACCUGUGGCAUUAUCAUGGUUGUGUGUUACACGGGCUGAUAAAUAAGUUUGAUUGAAAUCCUUGACUGAGUAUAUCACUUGCACCGCUCCACUUGUAUCAUGUGCAAUUUCUUGACCAAGCCUAUUUUUCAACUCUGUCAGAGCAUCAUUUUAUAUAUAUUCCUGGCUGCAGACUGGUACUGCUUAGCUCAGCAAGAGAUUGUGUGCAUGAAGAGUUCAGAGCACUGAUUAGCUUCCUAAUAUUUUGCACUUUUUGAAAUGUUUUUUUACGUGAUUGUAUUUAAAACUUUAGUAAAUAAAACCUUAUCGACCAGUU